AUAAGAACAUGUUAAAAUACGGGCUAAUAUCGGAACACGUGCAAUAUGUGACGGCGUACGAUGAGAGCGCUGUUCCGCUGGUCUACGCAGAGUUUGAGAUCGCCGUCAGAUACUUCCAUACCAUGCUGGAUGGCAGAAUCAAGUUGUACGAUGAAAAAUACCACUACGACAGGGAGUUCUCCGUCAGCAACACGACCUUCAGACAAAGUCUUAUCGAGCAGGAUAAGAAUUUUGAGAAAAUAAACAGGGGUACAUUCUACCAACACGCAGCCAGAAUAGAUGACAUCCAGGAUCCCGAGAUCUCAGAAAAAUACUACGGAGAUUUGCAACGAGCUGCAGACCUACCAACAUUGGACAUACAGCGGGGAAGAGAUUUAGGUAUAAGAGGAUACAAUGAUUACAGACAUAUCUGCGGUAUGAAACCAGCGAGAAAAUUUGAAGAUUUUGAAGACGUCAUGGAUCAUGAGAAAAUAGAAGCUCUAAGGAGGUUAUACGUGCAAAUAGAGGACAUUGACCUGUUAGCUGGUUUAAUGAGCGAGAACCACUUGCCUGACACGUACGUCGGCCCUACACUCUUUUGUAUCAUGACGAAACAGCUGCAGCUGUAUAGAUACGCUGACCGCUUCUGGUUCGAGAGGGGCCAUCAAUUCCACAGUUUUACUUUGCCUCAAUUGCACGAGGUCAGGAAGACUAACAUUGCUCGUUUCGCGUGUGACAACGCGGAUGCGAUCAAGUUCAUUCAGCCGCAUGCGUUCGAACUUGUCGGGCCUCACAAUGAACACGUGCCAUGUACUCAUAUUCCUGGUUUGGAUAUUAAAAAGUGGAAAGACAAUAGUUGUUAUAACGAUAAACAUCCCACACCUACUAAUGAAGAGAACAAGCAAGGAGUUUAUAACGGAAACAAUUUAUUUAAUAAUAAAGAAGAAAACCAAAUGGAAUGGGCUGUAAAAAAUAAAGGUAGUAACAUCGAAAAUAAAAAUAUUCAGCCUUUGCCAAAACUAGUUAAAAUCGGCGGAGGAGUUGCUUGGCCAAUGAUUGAGAAUACAAAAAAUGAUGGAAAAAAUGAACAAGUUCUACAGUGGUCUAUGAAUCUAAAUAAUGAAAAUAAUAAUGAGAGACAAAAUACUAUAAAAGAACAUAAAGAAACCUUGCAUCGUACUCCAUUUGAUAAUACCGGUCAACAAAAAGAAGAAAUGACACUUCUUGUAAGUAAACCUGGACCUAAUUCGGACCAUUGGACUAUUAAUAAAUACGGAAAAUUUGAAGGUGCGGUCUACGGCCCCACUAAAAAACAUCAUGAAUCUGAAUUUUUGGCAUUAAAGUAUUCUUUGGACGACAGUGACGAAGACAACCACCACAAUAACAAUCAUAAAAUGCAAGAUGACGGUAAAUUCAUUAAUAAUCAAAACGCUUUCAAUUAUUUGACAUUAAAGCAUUCUACGAAUGAUAAUAAUCGCAACUAUGGAGAGAAAACUAUUGAUAAAGGAGAAAAUAAUCGCCAUACGCUCGCCAAAAACGUCCACGUCGAUAAUAAUGAAUGGAUAAAUAGAAAUCAGCUGCCUCUGACUCCUCAUAAUUUGAAUGGUCAGAUAUUUGCUAGUACUGGUCAUCAAAUGUAUCAAUCAAAUUCCGCGGACAUUUCGCCAUUAUUACCAAGUUUUAUAUAAAUAUCUGUUCAUUAAUUUUAAAUGUACAACGUACCUAUCCAAAUCUGAAAAUCUCAUUCACCCCAAAUUAUUCGUAAAAUAAUACGCCUCCUUGGCAGUUAUUCAUUAUCUUUGACAUUGUGGCGUAUAAUAUAUGCAUU